AUGACCGGGGCCUAUUCAUCCGGAGGUGAUACCUGGUACUCUGGAUUACUUAGAGGAGCCCAGGACUUGAUUGGAUCCACUUACAAGGAUGCACAUCCGAUAUGGCUGGCGCAGUCCCCACAGUAUUCGUUGUCAGUGCAGGGAAAGCAGGUUGUAAUACUUGAGACCGGUGGCGUUCAUCAUGGUCACGACUGGAUUGUGCGACCUGAUGGCUUGAUUCUUUUCGGUGCAUCACCCGAUAUGGCCUUGUCUGUUGAGACGGUGAGCAACGGGAGCCUCGUAGUUCUGAGACCACAUACGGGAAAACCGGAGCCUUUCAACCAGUGGCAGUGGAAUAGCAGCGGGAUGCUGACGCUUGCAGACUAUCCCAACUUUGACUUGAAUGUGAAGGAUGGAAAGCUGCAUAACGGUGCCAGCGUCAUUCUAUGGCAGACGCAAAAAGCCGCAAAGCACAACACUUGGGCUUCCGAGGCGGAGGGCGUUCAAGGAUCCUCCACAAGCUUGAGCACAACAGUUCCAUUUUGGAUCAGGGUGGUCGGCUCGCGUGGUGACCCGAACACGCUUUGGUCAGCUUUGGCUGGCGGCGUCUCUGCACAAACGGGAUACGUGUCAUGCUCCUCCGCAAUGAAUCGAGAUACCGACUCUUCCUGGAUGUAUGUGCAUGACGACUACUACCACACUGAGCACGUGACCUUUCUCAAGGUGCCGUAUGGCAGCAACUUCGUUCUGAAAGCUGUCGACAAACCGUUGUCGAAAGCUUCGAAGAGAACCAGCUUGGGCUAUAUGGCGUGCACGGAGCGAAUGGAUCUGGACAGACGAGACGCUCACUCCACUUACGCGUAUGUUCACAAGGACAAGAGCCACGCUACGCAGUUUGUGGAAGAAGUUUGUGCCGGAGGCUUUUUGUUGAAGGCGUUGGAUGGGCAUGGAGGUUAUUUGAGCUGUGUGCAGCAGAAAUCUGAAGAUCAAAACGAUGCCCGAUCCACAUUGCUGUACGUCCAGAGCCAGAACCCCAACCUGGCGGCAGUGUUCGUAGCCCACUCCACCCAGGACCUGGGGAAGGAAGGGGGGGGAGGAGGAAUCUGUAAAGCUCACUGUUGA